AUGAUUCUGUUCAAUUCAAAUAUUACAAUAUUUCUCACGGCAUAUGGACCUCCAGGACCACUCAGUUAUGGAGUUUUUUUUGUUAUACUUGUGCUUUAUCUCGCCACAGUGUUUUCCAACGUGACCUUAAUGUUGAUCAUCUUUUUUGAUUCAGCUCUCCAUAAGCCAAUGUAUAUAUUUCUGUUCAACCUGGCAGUUAAUGGACUGAUUGGGAGCUCUGCUGUGUGUCCUACAAUUAUGCAAUAUUUACUUGAGGAUCUGAAGAGCAUUUCUUUUACAGGUUGUGUAAUGCAAACAUUUUUUAUAAAUGUAUAUGCAACUUGUGCGUAUGCAAUAUUAAUGGUGAUGGCAUAUGACAGAUAUGUUUGCAUUUGUAGGCCAUUACAGUAUCACAGUAUAAUGACUCCAACUAAAGUCAGGCUUCUGCUUGGUGCAGUCUACACUUUCUCUCUAUGUGCUGUAGGUGGACAGCUAUAUCUUGCCUCAAAGAUGCCUAUAUGUAAAUAUAUAAUCAAUAAGCUUUUCUGUGUGAGUUUGGCAGUUGUCAAUCUAGCAUGUGUAAAAUCUGCCAUUUACAGCAUGUAUGUUUUAGGUUUGCUUAUUGUUUUUGGUCUUCUCCCUUUAUUCCUUGUGAUACUGUCAUAUAUCAAAAUAUUAAGUGUAAGUGUCAAAGCAUCAAAAACUGCUCAAAGGAAAGCGCUAAAAACAUGUGCACCUCAUUUGAUAACUUUUAUCAAUUUUUCUUUUGCCACUUUUUCAUCUGUCAUAUACAGUAGUUUCUAUGACUAUCUGUCAGAUGAAGUAAGUGUAUUUAUGUCUGUGCAUUUUAUUCUGGUUCCACCACUUCUACAUCCAGUCAUAUAUGGUAUAAGAACUCAGGAUAUCAGAAUAAGUAUGUCAAAGAUCCUGAGAAAAAGAAAAUUUUUGCAUUAA